GCGGCUGCUCUGAGUGGGAGGCCGGCAGUGCUGGCGUGAGUCUCCUUCCGGAUUGAGAAGCGUCAUGGCCAACAUCUUGCAGGCCUCCCUGGCUGCUUUCCUCCUGCUGCCUAUGGCCACCGCCAUGCAUUCUGACUGCAUCUUCAAGAAGGAGCAAGUCAUGUGCCUGGAGAAGAUCCAGAGGGCGAAUGACCUGAUGGGCUUGAACGACUCCUCCCCAGGCUGCCCUGGGAUGUGGGACAACCUCACGUGUUGGAAGCCUGCCCGCGUGGGUGAGAUGGUCCUGGUCAGCUGCCCUGAACUCUUCCGAAUCUUCAACCCAGACCAAGUGUGGAAGCUAGAAACCAUUGGGGAGUUCGAUUUCCCUGACAGUAACUCCUUGGAUCUCUCAGACAUGAGGGUGGUGAGCCGGAACUGCACUGAGGAUGGAUGGUCAGAGCCGUUCCCUCAUUACGUAGAUGCGUGUGGGUUUGAUGACUAUGAUGAAUACGAGCCCGGGGACCAGGAUUAUUACUACCUGUCAGUCAAGGCCCUGUACACAGUUGGCUACAGCACAUCCCUUGUCACCCUCACCACUGCCAUGGUCAUCCUGUGUCGUUUCCGGAAGCUGCAUUGCACCCGCAAUUUCAUCCACAUGAACCUGUUCGUGUCAUUCAUGCUGAGGGCCAUCUCCGUCUUCAUCAAGGACUGGAUCCUCUACGCGGAGCAGGACAACAACCACUGCUUCAUCUCCACGGUGGAAUGCAAGGCCAUAAUGGUUUUCUUCCACUACUGUGUCGUGUCAAACUACUUCUGGCUGUUCAUCGAGGGUCUGUACCUCUUCACCCUGCUAGUGGAGACCUUCUUUCCUGAGAGGAGAUACUUCUACUGGUACACCAUUAUAGGCUGGGGGACCCCAACUGUGUGUGUGUCUGUGUGGGCUAUGCUGAGGCUCUACUUCGAUGACACAGGCUGCUGGGAUAUGAAUGACAACACAGCUCUGUGGUGGGUGAUCAAAGGCCCUGUGGUUGGCUCCAUAAUGGUUAACUUUGUGCUCUUCAUUGGCAUCAUCAUCAUCCUUGUGCAGAAACUUCAGUCUCCAGACAUGGGAGGCAAUGAAUCCAGCAUCUACUUCAGCUGCGUGCAGAAAUGCUACUGCAAGCCACAGCGGGCUCAGCAGCACUCCUGCAAGAUGUCAGAACUGUCCACCAUAACUCUACGGCUAGCCCGGUCCACCCUGCUGCUCAUCCCGCUAUUUGGAAUCCACUACACGGUAUUUGCCUUCUCCCCGGAGAAUGUCAGCAAGAGGGAGAGACUUGUGUUUGAGCUGGGGCUGGGCUCCUUCCAGGGCUUUGUGGUGGCUGUUCUCUACUGUUUUCUGAAUGGGGAGGUGCAGGCGGAGAUCAAGCGCAAGUGGCGGAGCUGGAAGGUGAACCGCUACUUCACCGUGGACUUCAAGCACCGGCACCCGUCCCUGGCCAGCAGCGGGGUGAAUGGGGGCACCCAGCUCUCCAUCCUGAGCAAGAGCAGCUCCCAGAUCCGCAUGUCCGGCCUCCCGGCUGACAACCUGGCCACCUGA